AUGGUUCAAUACAGGAUAAAUGCAGUUGCAGCCGUGCUGAUGAAUGCGUUCACUUUCCUCGCACCUGAGAAUGUGUCUGAGGAUGUGGCUGCGACCUUUGGGAAUGCUUUGGAGAUAGCGCGAAAGCGCCAGAGCCUCAUGUUAGUUCCUUUGGGUGCCGAACCCCCAGCGGCAAUCCCAGAGGUGGUAAGCGCCAAGCACGUUUAUGGCUGGUACUCGGUGACGCUGCUUUUAGCUGGCCUGGCCACUGCCCAAAUCACUGCAGGAGAUGCCUUCGCGGGUGUGAUCUUUCUGGUGAUGGCUGGCUUUGUUGUCUACAUGGUGCAGGAUUCGUGCAAGAACAUGACAAUGUAUUGUCUAUUCAUGCUGGGACUUAUGGCAAGCUUUCAGUGCUUUUUUGACGCACUGGCUCUCUUGAGCGUUCUGGGUGGCCGCGAAACCUCCGUGUCCUCGGUGCAGGGUACUGAAGACAAUGUUACCGUGAUAACGAGAAUCACACAGCACCCUUUCUUUGAUCAGUCGAUGGGCAAGCAGUACAACACGCAGUCUGCUGUUUUACUUGCGAGUCCGCUUGUGAUGUCACUGUUGGCCUCGAUGUGUUAUCUCUCCUACAAUGCCUUUUCCGAGUCGCUCUUCCAUGACGAAGCCGGGCCAAUCUACGAAGGUUGGGGUCAAGGCGCGAGAGCAUACGGCGCCUCAGAGAGUGCGGAGAGGACUCAGCCAUCUCCACCUCGGCUUUUCGAGGGCCACGGACACCGACUGAGCAGCUGA